AUGUCUUUGUCAAAGCAACUCCCGAUGAACCCGUCCCAUAUGUUCGGCCAUAUUGUCCUUCCGAUUGAAGACCCUACCACACCUGAGGCAAUUGACCGAAUGGGGAGCGACAUGCUGUGUAUCAAUGUGACGCAUCAAGGCCCCUUUGCUGGAGAACAUAUCAGGAGUAACCGUUGCUGGGGUGGGAACUGGGGUUAG